UGUAUGCAGGGUUAUUGUUGACUCCCUGAUGGUAAAAGUUUGUAUUGCACCAUUGCAAAAACUGUUUUUUUUUCUACAUGUGAUAAAAAAUAAAGCACAAUAUUUCCGCUGAAGAUCUGUCUGGCUACUGAACCUGCAUGUGCCCACUGACAGUAACAUAAGGAGGUUGAAAACAAUUGAUGAUUUAUGUGGACGGCUGCAUUGACUGGUCAGUGGACUUAAAGAAAUACAUGGGAUUGGCAGGUGAACCUGUGAGAGUGAAAUGUGCCCUCUUCUACAGUUACAUCAGGACUAAUUAUAGCAUGGCUCAGAGUGCUGGUCUCAGGCUUAUGUGGUAUAAAACCAAAGGAGAUCUGGAAGAACCAAUCAUAUUUUCUGUUGUUAGAAUGAGCAAGGAUGAUGAUUCUAUAUGGAUUCAUACAGCAGAAGUGCAAGACGGUGGACUCUACACCUGUGUUCUAAGAAACGCCACUUACUGCAUGAAAGUGUCAAUGUCCCUAACAGUGGCUGAAAAGGAGAUGGGUCUUUGUUAUAACAGCACAAUUCGAUAUCUGGAGAAAGCAGAAGUUACAAAAAAGAAACAAAUAAUAUGCCCAGAUAUAGAUGAUUAUAGAACACUAAAUGAAGACAUAGAGGUGGCGUGGUACAAGGAAUGUAAGCCAAAGAAGUGGCGAAGCUUGAUUAUUCAGAAGGGGAAUAGUCUAUUGAUACAAGACGUGCAAAAAGAAGAUGGGGGAAACUAUACUUGCGAACUUAAAUAUGAAGGCAGGUUGAUUAGACGGACAAUUCAGCUAAAGGUAACAGCUUUAUUCACCACCAGGCCUCCCAAGCCAUUGUUCCCUGUGGAGAACCAGCCAAGUGUUAUAGAUGUCCAGCUGGGUAGCCCACUUAGCGUAUUCUGCAGAGCAUUUUUUGGAUUUAGUGGAGAGUCUGGACCCAUCAUCUAUUGGAUGAGGGGAGAGAAAUUUAUUGAAGAACUGGAAAAUCAUAUUAAAGAAGGAGUAAUAAGGCUACUGAAAGAGUAUCUUGGAGAAAAAGAAGUGGAGCUGGCACUAACGUUUGAUGCUGUGCAAGAAGCAGAUCUUGGUAACUACACUUGCCAUGUAGAAAACCGCAAUGGACGCAAGCAUGCCAGCAUCAUCCUACGGAAAAAAGAUUUAAAGUACAACAUUGAACUUGCCGGAGGGCUGGGUGCCAUUCUACUUGUGUUUAUCGUGCUUGUCUCUGUUUAUAAAUGCUACAACAUAGAGCUAAUGCUCUUCUACAGACAGAACUUUGGAAGUGAUGAAGCUGCAGAAGACAACAAAGAAUAUGACGCCUAUCUUUCAUAUACCAAAGUGGAUCCUGAUUCAUUAGAUAAUGAAAGCAAGGAGGAGGAGCAAUUUGCACUAGAAAUCCUUCCUGAUAUUCUGGAGAAACAUUAUGGAUACAAACUCUUUAUUCCUGAUAGAGAUAUGAUUCCAAGUCCAACGUACAUAGAGGAUCUUGCCAGAUGCGUUGAGCAAAGUCGUAGAUUGAUCAUCGUCCUGACCCCAGACUACGUGAUCAGGAGGGGAUGGAGUAUCUUUGUGCUGGACAGUCGCCUGCAAAAUAUGCUGACCAGUGGAGAAAUCAAAGUUAUAUUCAUAGAAUGCACUAAUUUGAGAGGAAAAGUGAACUAUGAAGAGGUGGAGUCCUUAAAGCAUGCCAUCAAACAACAGUCUUUAAUCAAAUGGGAUGGUCCUAAAAGCAGCAAGAUGAAUUCAAAGUUUUGGAAGCGUCUAGUCUACGAAAUGCCCGCAAAAAAACGAGAGGUGUUAUCACGGCAGCAUGUUCUGGAUAGUGGGGAGCAGUCCCUUUUUGGAGAUCUACAGACUGUACCUUCCAUAGCUGUAACAGGGAACUCUGGCACGCUGGCACCAUCUCAACUUGAUUUGUCUGCUUUCCAUCAUGCAGAUUCCUUGCAAAUGAGACAUUUUUGCAGAGCUUAUGAAUAUGAAAAGCCAACGCCACCUUUGCCAGAAGCAACCCUAGGCAAUCACCACACAUACUGCAAUAUACCUUUAACCCUGCUUAAUGGCCAGCAGACUCACAACAGUGCAGCAAAGGAGCAGCAGGGUUUCCAUGGGAACAGUACAUUGAUACCAUUAUCUUCAAGAGAGCUAAGCUUCACCAGUGAUAUCUGGUAAAGAAAAAAAAAAAAACCUUUUGAAUUGCUGCUGUACAUCUUCUAUGCGGUUUCUUUCUUGCCAGACUUUUAAACUUUUCCCACAGGGGUGCCGAAUGGAGCUUUCAAGCCUUGGCACAUUUACUCAGUUUUGUACUUGAACAUUUUGUUUACAUUUACAGGAUAUUGAUAUUACAGGAUCCUGCUUUUUUUUAGUUCCAACAUAGUUCCAAAACAAUAAAAAAAUCCCUUCAAUGUAAAGUUUUAUUGCUUUGUUGAUAAACAGAAAAAAAAAUGACUAUACAAUAUAAAUAUUUUAGAUUAGAUGUAACGGGUUGAAGUAUGGUAUAAGAAGACAGAAUAUUUAUAUAUACAUCUAUAUAUAUGUUUAAAAAUACAUUUCAGUACAUUUGAGAGGAAUGAAAGAUUUAUUUUCGAGAGAGAAUUAUGCAAAUGUCAUAGCACAUUCUGGAGAAAAAAAGAAAAAAAAACUUUUGUAAAGAACGAAUUGUGAGCUGUAGUUAAGGAGUAAAGCACCUCUGACUGUCACUUCUAAAUAAAGUUUUAGCCAAUGAAAUGCACAAUGACUGCAGAUAUUCAUAGAACCCUCAAUGCUAGGGGAUAUUUAUGAAUAUAUUCCCGGCCUUGUGUGGGCAAUGCUGCACAUCGGCAUUAUGUUUGUAAAGCACAACAUUGUUUUCCUUUAUUUGUAUUAAGCAGCUAUUAGUUUCUUAUCACACACAGAAACUGCUAUGGAAACAUAUUGUUCAUCCUUGUGUCCCUCUUAUUAAAUCCUCAUAUAUCAAUUACAUCUCCUUAUUCUGUUUUUCUAAACCACUUUGCUUGUACCAUUGAGGUGUCGCUAUUUGGCAUGAAUCACUUGAACACUAAAGUGGCGACAAGGAUCCACCCAUAGCCAGCAAUAGAACUGAGCAAAAACUGAGCAAUACUCCAACACAUCCAGUGCUGAUGUCUUCAGGGCUGUUGACUGAUACAACAAUUGCAAUGAUAAUCACCUGCAAGUGAAAACACACAGGGAAUGCUGUCCCUCUCCAGUUCAGGUAAACGCUCAUUGUGCCAUGCCGAAGCAGAGCUCUACGUGCAGAGAGAGGACUUACCUUUUCAGUGGAAAAUCUGUACUCUUCAUUAUUUUGCUCUCACAUUGAUGCCUGAGCUGAUGAGACUUAAGUGAUCCAAAAAAAUCAGUUUUCCAAUAAAGGUGUCAUCUUAACUAAAACAUUUUGCACUUUCUCAGUCAAUCACUCUGUAUUGUGUCUAUUAAACAACGGAAUUUAGGUGA